CAUUUGAAGAUCUGUCCUCAGGGUUAUACCUGCUGCUCUCAGGAGAUGGAGGAGAAGUACAGGCUGCAAAGUAAAGAUGAUUUCAAAAGUGUGGUCAGCGAGCAGUGCAAUCAUUUGCAAGCCGUCUUUGCUUCCCGUUACAAGAAGUUUGAUGAAUUCUUCAAAGAACUGCUGGAAAAUGCAGAGAAAUCCCUGAAUGACAUGUUUGUGAAGACAUAUGGCCGCUUGUACAUGCAGAAUUCUGAGCUAUUUAAAGAUCUCUUCGGAGAGCUGAAGCGCUACUAUGUGGCCGGAAGCGUCAACCUGGAAGAAAUGCUAAGUGACUUCUGGGCUCGCCUUCUGGAGCGGAUGUUCCGCCUGGUGAACUCCCAGUACCAGUUUACAGAUGAGUAUCUGGAAUGUGUGAGCAAGUACACCGAGCAGCUGAAGCCCUUCGGAGAUGUCCCUCGGAAACUGAAGCUGCAGGUCACUCGUGCGUUUGUAGCAGCCCGUACUUUUGCUCAAGGCUUGGCAGUCGCAAGAGAUGUAGUGAGCAAAGUGUCUGUGGUGAACCCCACCGCGCAGUGUACCCAGGCCUUGUUGAAGAUGAUCUACUGUUCCCACUGCCAGGGCCUCGUGACGGUGAAGCCGUGUUACAACUACUGUUCAAACAUCAUGAGAGGCUGUCUGGCCCACCAAGGGGACCUUGAUUUUGAGUGGAACAAUUUCAUAGAUGCGAUGCUGAUGGUGGCAGAGAGGCUUGAGGGUCCUUUCAACAUCGAAUCUGUGAUGGACCCCAUCGACGUGAAGAUUUCUGAUGCUAUUAUGAAUAUGCAAGAGAACAGUGUGCAAGUGUCCCAGAAGGUUUUCCAGGGAUGUGGGCCCCCCAAGCCCCUCCCGGCCGGCCGGAUUUCCCGUUCCAUCUCUGAAGGUGCCUUCAGCGCUCGCUUCAGACCGUAUCACCCUGAGGAACGCCCAACCACAGCAGCUGGCACUAGUUUGGACCGACUGGUUACCGAUGUCAAGGAGAAGCUGAAAGAGGCCAAAAAGUUCUGGUCGUCUCUGCCCAGCACCGUCUGCAACGACGAGAGGAUGGCAGCUGGGAAUGGCAAUGAGGACGGCUGCUGGAACGGGAGGGGCAAGAGCAGAUACCUGUUCGCAGUGACGGGGAAUGGGUUAGCCAACCAGGGUAAUAACCCAGAGGUCCAGGUUGAUACCAGCAAAGCGGACAUGCUGAUCCUCCGUCAGAUCAUGGCUCUUCGGGUCAUGACCAGCAAAAUGAAGAAUGCAUACAAUGGGAAUGACGUGGACUUCUUUGAUAUCAGUGAUGAGAGCAGCGGAGAGGGAAGUGGCAGCGGUUGUGAGUAUCAGCAUUGCCCUUCGGAAUUGGAGUACAACGCCACCGACCACUCUGGGAAGAGCGCCAGCGAUAAAGCCGGUGGCGCAGGUGUCCGUGUCGGGGCGCAGCCCUACCUUCUCACUGUCUCCUGCAUCUUGUUCCUGGUUAUGCAGAGAGAAUGGAGAUAAUUCUUAAUUGUAGAGAAAAUGUUUCCGUCAAAAAGUUACAGAGGCACCGGUUAUCACUUUUAUACCAUCCUAGUGACUUCGCUUUUUAAAUGAAUGGACAACGAUGUACAGUUUUUACUAUGUGGCCACUGGUUUAAAAAAGGCUGACUUUGUGUUUUCAUUCAGUUUUGCGGGGAAAAGGGACGUGUGUGUAAGGUCAGUUCCUGCUCCCCUGCAGUCAUGUUAAACGUGGCUAACAGUGUAGGUACAGAACUGUAGUUAGUUGUGCAUUUGUGAUUUUUAUCACUCUCUUGUUUGUUUGUUGUUGUUGUUUCUCCUUUUUGUUUGUGGGGUUUUUCUUUCCCUUCAAUUAUGAUCUCACCUUGUUUCUUACAAGAAAACCAGGGUCCUUUCUUGGCAUGUAACAUGUACGUGUUUCUGAAAUAUUAAAUAGCUGUACAGAAGCAGGUUUUAUUUAUCAUGUUAUCUUAUUAAAAGAAAAAGCCCAACAAGCAGUAAAAUUUCCAUUCAUCCCUGUUGUUUUAGUUGCCUUAUCUGGAGACGAGUGGACGUGAUUUUGUUUUUUUCUGGAGUUAGGACAGAAUGUGAAGGCCGUGCAGGGGGCUGCCGAGGCCCUUGUUUGGUGUGGUCAAGCAUCAAUACAAGAAUGUGGCUAUGCUUUAUUGAUGUCCAGGGACCGGAAGAGAUUGCAGACUAUGCCCAUCUUGGUUGCAUUGAAUUACGGAAACUAAGAUCACAGAUAGGUCCUUUUCUUGAACCCUUUUCUACUUAAAGUGUAGCCCGGUUAGAAGAAGAUUCUUUUGAAUACCCUCUCCCUAGACAUACAGAAGGCAUUCCGGAUGCCCCAGUCACUACACGUUCACACUUAGUUCGGGGGUGGGUUUUUGUCGUUUUGUGUUGUAUCCAGGCGAGUUUAGCAAGCCGCUGUGUGCCAGUCUUCAUGUCCAUGCUGAUCUGCUUUGAACUGAUAUCCCGAUGGCAGAAAUAAGUGACCGAUAAGCUCAUUCGGUCCCCCUUGUUACAGUGUGCAAGAUCUCAAACCCAACCAUAUAGCGGACCGAGCUGUCUGGGGGCUAGCCAAAACGGGGGUGCAGCCUGGGCUCACGGCUAGCUGUCAAUGCUCAGAAAGUUUGUGCUGUGCAUUUGCAUUUGGUUUUGGAUUCCACUUUGUGUAAAAAGAUUUCUAAGGUAUCCUGCUUGAGUCUUCCUGCCCAGGUUUCUCUGAUGAGACGGACAAAGGACUGGCAGUAGUUCACAGCUCUGUGCCACCCUGUCAGCCAAGAAGUCCACUGAGCAGGGAGGGCCGGGAUCCGGGUGUCCGGAAUCUUCUUUCAUGUGAUGUUGUUUUGGGGAGGGGAUGGGAGGGAGGCGAUAGAUCUGAGAAGACGGUAUCUUAGCGGUGACCUGUGGCCACGGGGGUGAACUGGCAAAGGCCACAUCUGUUGUCCCGGGCCAAAGACUACCAACUGCCAUGGCCCCUUAGGAACCCGUUGCUUGUAUCCUUACCAAAUGACAGCUCACAAAACUAUGAGAAUGUAACAAGUCACUGUCAGAAGGAGUUCCCAAAAGUGGUCAGAAAGAAAAUUCUGCGAGUCUCUUCCUGCUCUAGAUAGCCAUGAAGAUGCCAACCAAUUCCACAGAAGCUAAAACCCACAGAGAGAUGGUUUGUGUUCUUGUUCAAUCUUCAGUUUUAAGAGUAAUUCUCUAUUUUUGUAUUGAAACAUAAUUACUUGAUAGCUCAGGGUCUACAUUUCAUUCAACUUUUUACACCAAAUUCUGCAGAAUGGUCAAAUGGAAUAUUCGGGGCUGUUGUAAACAGAGGCUUAAUUUUAUUAGAAGUAGUCAGUUAUUUAUUAAAGCAUGAUGUUAAUAAAAUAGGCAUAUUCUGG